AUGGAACGCUAUUUUAAGAGAAGGUUUGCAUCAACUACUUCUAGUUCGGAUAAUGUGGGUAGUUCGAGUUCGAGAGAUGUGGAUAUUUCAAGAGAUGUGGAUGUUUCAAGAGAUGUGGAUAGUUCGAAAGAAAGUGAGUUGCAAGAUAUCUUGGCUAAUCUUAUUGCAGACCCCGGACUUCGGCCUCAAAUGUUAGACUAUGAUCCUAAUAUUAGAGACGAAGUUCGAAGAGCAUAUCUACAAAAAGGUCCAUGUCAGCCUAAGGAUCAUACAUUUCCACAAACUGAUCUUUCAGGGUAUGAUCGACGCUUUAAUGUCAAGUGGUUUGAUGAGUUUGACUGGUUGGAGUACAGUAUUAGUAAAGAUGCUGCAUUUUGCCUUUAUUGUUAUCUCUUCAAAUCCAAUUUCAGAAUUGGUCAAGGGUGUAGCGACGCCUUCACAGAAAUGGGUUUUAGGAAUUGGAAGAAGAAAGAGAAGAUUAGGCAACAUGUUGGGCAUGUUGGAAGUGGCCGGCUAGAGGAGAACAAAGACCCAAACAAGCUGGGACUGGGAGCAGGCGGGGCCGUUAAUGCUAUCAUUUUGCUUGACAUAUUCCUCUUCCCAAAAUCCAUCUCGACUCGGGGAUUCUCAAAACAGUUGUUCCUGGUGGUGAGGGACUGA